GGCGCGCUGAUUGGCCGGCGCGGAUUCGGGCAGCUUCCCGGGGGCGCCGCAGGCCGCACCACCCAGCCCUCGCACGGGGACGCCGGCGCGCUCUCCGGGGGCUUCCUCUUCCCUCCGGUGGUGUCCAGGUUCUGCGUCCGCCAGGGUCCAGGAUGACAAUCCGACACCAAGGUCAGCAGUACAGGCCGAGGAUGGCAUUUCUGCGGAAGGUAAGGAAACUGAGGCGAGUAAGGACCAGCGCUGGAAGAACGGUCGGUGUGAUACAGUGAAGCUGGUCUCGCUACGAUGCUAGGAACAUAAAGUACAGAGUCUAGUGGGCAGGGGCUUCGGAUUCUACUCCAGGAGCCGGGGAGGCCCAGCAGACCCUUGAAUCUAAGACUGAAAGAUGCUGCAUCGGGGCUUCUGCUGGGCCCAGAAGAGGCGGAAGGAAGACCCAGGCGGCGGGAGCAGCGUGCAUCAGAGCAGAGAUUGAAGCCCUCGUCAAGGACAUGCAGGACCCAGAGAUGGGGGUCAGAGUGCAGAACCAGAAGGUCACGGUCAUCAGCGUCCCUCACGCCAUGACGGGGAGUGAUGUUCUCCAGUGGAUCACCCAGCGGCUGUGGGUCUCCAGUCUGGAGGCACAGAACUUGGGCAACUUUAUUGUCAAGUACGGCUACAUCUACCCCCUGCAAGACCCCAAGAACCUCGUUCUCAAGCCUGACAACAGCCUCUAUCGAUUUCAGACACCGUAUUUCUGGCCCACCCAGCAGUGGCCCGCUGAAGACACAGACUAUGCCAUCUAUCUGGCCAAGAGAAAUAUCAAGAAGAAAGGGAUUUUAGAAGAAUAUGAAAAGGAAAAUUAUAAUUUCUUGAACAAAAAAAUUAACUACAAGUGGGACUUUGUCAUCAUGCAGGCCAAAGAGCAGUACCGGGCUGAAAAGGAAAGGAAUAAAGCGGACAGGUACGCGCUGGAUCGCCAGGAGAAGGCGUACUGGCUGGUGCACCGAUGCCCCGGUGGAAAACGGCCUCUGUAUCCCGUGUGGAGACUCCGUGCUGUGGGACGCCCGUGUGCCUGCAUCCCUUGCCAGCCGGGGAUGAAUGACGUGCUGGACUAUGGCCUGGACCGAGUGACCGAUCCAAGUGAAGUUCAGGUAAAACAGAAACAAACAGUGGUUUCUGUCAGAAAAGAGAUCAUGUAUUACCGACAGGCCUUAAUGAGGUCCACGGUGAAGUCUUCCGUGUCCCUUGGCGGGAUCGUCAAGUACAGUGAGCAGUUUUCGUCCAACGACGCCAUCAUGUCGGGCUGCCUUCCUAGCAAUCCUUGGGUAACGGAUGACACCCAGUUCUGGGAUUUAAAUGCCAAACUGGUGGAAUUCCCAACCAAGAUGCGGGUGGAACGAUGGGCUUUCAACUUCAGCGAGCUGAUCCGAGACCCCAAGGGUCGACAGAGCUUCCAGUACUUUCUCAAGAAAGAAUUCAGUGGGGAGAAUCUGGGAUUCUGGGAAGCCUGUGAGGAUCUGAAGUACGGAGAUCAGUCCAAGGUCAAGGAGAAAGCGGAGGAGAUUUACAAGCUGUUUCUGGCCCCAGGGGCGAGGCGGUGGAUAAACAUAGACGGCAAAACCAUGGACAUCACAGUCAAGGGGCUGAAGCAUCCCCACCGCUACGUGCUGGACGCCGCACAGACCCACAUCUACAUGCUCAUGAAGAAGGACUCUUAUGCCCGCUACUUGAAAUCCCCAGUCUAUAAGGAAAUGCUGGCCAGAGCGGUUGAACCUCAGGAAACCACCAAGAGAAGCUCGAGCCUCCGGUUCAUGCGGCGUCCCCUGCGCUCCAGCCCAAGCCCCGUCAUCCUCAGGCAGCUGGAAGAAGAAGCCAAGGCUCGGGAAGCGGCCAACACGGUGGACAUCACCCAGCCGGACCAGCGCGCGGCCCCCAGCCCUCACCUGACCGUGUACACCGGGGCCCCCCUGCCCUCCUCUCCGUCCAGCCCCCGCUCCCCGCGCUGCCGCUCGCCGCGGAGGCCCUUCCCCUCGCCCGGCCGCUUCCUCCGGCGGCCCAGCAGCACCGUCUGCCCCUCGCCCAUCAAGGUGGCCUUGGAGGGCUCCCCAGGCGAGGAGCCGGAGCGGGAGGCCGCCCGCGGGCGCUCAGGUGCUGAGACCAGCGGGGCCUCCGCGGACCAGCCCCGGCCCCGGGCCCUUCCCAAGGCCCGCGUGGCCCUGUCCCUCGGCCGGUUCCUGAGACGAGGCUGUUUGGCCUCCCCGGUCUUUGCCAGGCUCUCCCCCAGGUGCCCCCCUGUGCCCCACGGGAAGGUGCAGCCGCUGGGGGAGGCGGGCCGGCAGCUGCCACGACCAAGGUCCCGGAGAGCAGCCAACUUCUUCCAGAUGAAAAUGGAUGUGUCUACGGGGAGCGGGACCUGCCUGGUGGACUCAGAGGACACGAGGACAGGAGAACGGAGUGACCAGGCCAUAGAAAAGGAGGUCAUCUGCCCCUGGGAGAGCCUGGCCGAGGGCAAAGCUAGCUGAGCCCGGGGCCUCGGGCUAGGCAGUCGCUCCUGCACACUCGGCUGGAUGGGGCCGCGGGACAUGCUUGCUCUAAACCAAAGUGCAUUAAGAUCGUAUUUGGGGACUGGAGAGACAGGAUGGAUGGAUGAUGGAGAAGAGUGCUCUGGCAGGGCUCCCCCUGGCCAACCCCUUCCCUCGACCCUGACCCUUGGUCAGAAGAAAGGCAUGUGGACCAGAGGACUUGACUUGCCGCCUUAAAACUGAUAAAAGGUUACCUUGUCAAAGUGUUUUUGGAUUGGAAUGUUAGUGUGUGUCUGGUUUUAUUAGCUAUUUAUGAGAUAAUCUCAAGUCGUCUUUGGUUUUCUGGACAAAGGGAACUGAAUCACUUCAAAGAACUCCCUCCCUGUCUAAACUGGUUUUUAUGUGAUGCUCUCAUCAACGGAGCCCACCCCGCCCCCCCCCCGGGAGGAAGUCCCAGGCUGUGGCAUCACACAGGAAGAGGGGGCUGGGGAAAGGCAUCCUUCUAGAAUGCCAGGUGUGCUCCGAUCCACCCAGAAGCAGAGGCCAAGAUGGGAUGAGGUGGGCAAGGGGAUUGCUGGGGGAGACACCUGUGAAGGAUGAUGGGUGGAGGCUGGAGAACAGGGUGAGGACUCUCGGACCAUGGUGGGGGGCUGACAUCUGGGGAGGCGGUGGGCAGGGAGUCUCAGAUGGCGGAGCAUUUCCAAGAAAGUUUUGGCCAGGCUGCCCGGGUGUCCUUGAGCCUGUGUCUUGUGAGAAUGGUUCUGCCUUAGGACCCCCACCAAGCAAGGUCAUUGGCUGGGAGCCCCUGUGGGCAGCCUGGCCGUGGUGUGGACGUGCUGGGGACCCUCGGUCCAUUUGCCCCCUGAGCGCACAUUUUCACGUCCGCUGCACGAACGUAGGAGGCACUUCUGGAGGUUUGAGCCUCGGUGCGCCCCGCCCACCUCUUCUCCAGUUAUUAACUCAACACGCCUUGAUGGAGCCCCAACAAGCAUUGACGGAGCGCCCCCUAUGGGUGCAGUCUGCGCUGAGCCCUUGCGGACUCAGCUGUGACUUCUCAGUUCGUGGAAUUCAUCUAGAGCACCGGUUCUCAGCCAGGGUCCAGCUCUGCCUGCAGGGAACCUUGAGCAGGGCCUGGAGACAUUUUCAGACGCCAUGACUAGGGCGGGGAGUGAUCCUGGCAUCGAGUGGGCAGAGGCCAGGGACGCUGCUAAACAUCCUACAGUGCACGGGGCAGCCCACACCCCAUGACAGAAGACGUUCUGGUCUAAAAUGUCAAUGCCGCCGUGGAGAAGCCCUGGAAUAGGAGUUACGGGUGACGCCCUGUGCUGCUCGACACUGUCAUUGGUUUCUGCCCAAAGCCCUGAAGUGUUGCCCCAAAGGGUCCCGCUGGGCUCAUACUUGGAUUGGACAGUGGGUUGAGAUUAAGGGUUACA